AUGCCUCCGCAAACGUCUACUCAAUCACCCUUGCUCCGCAAUCUUCCUAUCGUUCCUGCUCCCCCACAAGAUCCGGCUUCUCUGAAAUUUCGCAACCUUCUCCACGUUCUUUCUGUAACACCGACCAAAUAUGAGAACCCCGGUCUUUUGGAUGAGGCUCUCGCCCACAUUCCCCUCGACCGGUUGUACUCGGAGGCAGAGGAAGAAAGUCAGAUUAUGCAGGCUCAGGCAGCUAGUGUAGGAGGAAAGCCGGAAUGGGGAUACCAAGACUGCGUCAUUCGGGCGCUCCUCAGGUGGUUCAAGAAUUGCUUCUUUAAAUUCGUCAAUAACCCUCCCUGCGCUCGAUGCGGCUCGCCCUCGAUUGCCCAAGGAAUGACUCCCCCGUCGCCCGAUGAGACCGCACGCGGUGCAACUCGUGUCGAAUUGUACCGAUGCUCGGAAGGAAUGUGUGGUGCCUACGAAAGAUUCCCCCGCUACUCGGAUGUGUGGCAGUUGCUGCAAACUCGACGAGGACGUGCCGGUGAAUGGGCCAACUGCUUUAGCAUGUUCUGCAGAGCUCUUGGUGGACGUGUACGAUGGGUGUGGAACGCCGAGGAUCACGUCUGGACUGAGGUGUACUCGGAGCAUCAGCGCCGUUGGGUGCAUGUAGAUGCUUGUGAGGAGGCCUGGGAUCAGCCCCGUCUCUACACUGAGGGCUGGGGACGAAAAAUCUCUUACUGCGUUGCAUUCUCGAUCGAUGGAGCCACAGAUGUUACUAGACGCUAUGUUCGAAGCCCAACACGACAUGGCAAGGCCCGGAACCGUGCUCCUGAGGAGGUGCUUGUGUGGGUGAUCCACGAGAUCCGGAAGAAGCGCCGGGAGAAUCUCUCGAAGACGGAUCAGCGACGCCUGAUGAAGGAAGAUGAGCGUGAAGAGAGGGAGCUGCGUGCCUACACUGCGUCCGCCCUUGCUGCGGAACUGAACAACCUCUUCCCCCAGAACACACCCACCGGCCGACCUGAGGAUCAGAAGACGCCCGCCUCGCGGCAGGAUGUCCCCAUGGAGUGGCUCGAUACUCGACAGAGGAAUUCUGGCCAUUCUGGCCCUGACGGAUCGCACAACGGCCGGUAA